GGCAUCGACAAUGCAUACUUGCAUAUGGCGGAAAGUGGCAAAAAUGUUUUGAGUGCCGCCGCUGCAUCGGUCAUAUGGGUCCCGUAGUUUGCGUAGCGCUUUCGAGUCCCUGUCAUGUCGUCGGACAAGCAAAUAACUGAAUGCUUCAAGAUGAAAAAGCCGAGAAGCUCGCCAGCUAAGGCGGCGUCGACCUCUUUCACUACACCCAAGCGACGCAGCGGGAAGGCCAGGUCGACUCCGAAUAAACUUGGACGCUCGACGCCGAAUAGUAAGGCAUUGAAACGCUGGCGCUUCAGAUAUUAUGCACUUGCUUAUAAACUAUUUCAUAUGCCUUCAGGUUCCGCCGAAAGCAGUCCGCGAGAUCUCCACGAUGAAACGUACAACCAUGCUCCAGUGGAUCUCAACAACUUGGUCGUCGACGAGUUCCUCUGUUCCCAAGACGUCGUAAACAGCGAUGUCAUUUGGGACUGCAGUUCGCCGCGCAGCAGGCUUGUUUCUGCGCCCGGCGGAUCGGACGUCGAAAGCUUGGUCAAGAUGUUCCGGACAAAGCCUCAAGAUACCAAACCAAUACCGUCGGCAUUCAGCAUAAUUAGUGCAAGCUAUGUCAAGACUUCAACCGUAGGAGGUGCUACCACACCAAGAAGAAAGAAGAGAAAUGCGAGGAAGAAAGCCAGCGUGGCCAGUGCGCAGGCAGUCAUGGACCAGAUGCAAGAAUUGUGGGACAUGGUGCAGCAGUCCAAGAAGAAUGGCUUUGGGCCGUCGACGGCUGCUGACAUUCCUCAGGUGUCUGUAGAGGCAAAAGAUGCUGCAAACAGCAAAUCACUCCUGGAUAGCAUUGCUGCGAAAGUGGAAGAGGAUAUGGCAUCCCAGAAGGAUCCCAUCAACAACGUUGCGGAGGCGACAGUAGCAGUGGAACCGGUGGCUGAUGCUGUUGAAGAUGAAGAUGAUUACGACCAGUGGUUAAUGGGUGACGACAGCAUCUUGGUGGCCGCAACACAGGACAUUGACGUGUUGUCACCCGCCAGGAAGUGUGCCAAAACACCGACGCGAGCGAAUGGAGCACAACCACUGAGUGUUAGCCGCAGUGCCGUUCACGUUGCCAAUGCCAGCUCGCCCUCAAUGCGCAAGACACCACCCUCCGCAUCACCACUGCAACGUCACGAGGGCCGUUCCACUCCGAAAUGGAACAUGAGUGCCAUCCGCAAGUCACCACGGCUCUCUGCACUCUCACUCAACCGUACGCCCUCUCCACUGCGUCCAUCAUCAGCUAAGACCAAGAGGCCCGCUGAACUGGUGAACCAUGCCGAACCUGUGAACCCUGAUGAGCUGCUGAAGCGUGUUGAACCUGUAAAGCCUGCUGAACCUAUAAAGUCUGCUGAACCUGUAAAGCCUGCUGAACCUGUAAAGCCUGCUGAACCUGUAAAGACUGCUGAACCUGUAAAGACUGCUGAACCGGCACCAUCCACACAAGUAUGCUCAAGAUCGUCAUCAACAGAAUUGCUCUUUGACGAUGAAGAUGAGCUCCUCGACCAAAUUUGUUGCACCUACGAGCAGCAACAACAGCUGGAUGCCAAAAUUGGGGCAGCUACUGUAGCAUCUUCAUCUAAGACUUUGACAUCAUCUACGAAAACUCCAUUUCACAGCAUCACAUCGACAUCACAUACUGGAGCAGUUGUUUCCUCUGUCACUUCGAAGGCUAGCACUAUGCUACCCUCAAAAAUUGAAGCUCCCAGAGUGAUGGUAUCUAACAGCCGUCUUGGCACAGAUUCUGUUAGGAAAAUUGGCCAGCAAAAGAAUGGCCAUAAUAAUGUGGCCAUUCCAGCACAACCUCUAGCGGCUCUCCGUCCAACGAUGUCCAUUUCAGCAGUGAAGCAGAGCUCAAACUCGACAACCAAACCUGGAUUUUCAUCUUCGCUGAAUGCGACAAACCAGCCAAAACCAGGAUACACCGACUCUCUUCAGCAGCCAAGAGUGAUUCUUGAGAGAUGCACUGCGAAGUCAGUGAAAGCCCCUCCGCACAGAAAGGGCCCUUCAUCUUCAUCGGCUCACGCUUCUACGGCAUCAACGUCGAUGCCGUGUCUGAACACAAAGUCCCCUUCAGAGCGACUGUCUACUGGCACGGUACGUCCUCAAAGUGCCGAGUUCAAGACUCCGGUGAGGACUGCAGAUGCUGCCCUGGACUUUGAUGACGAUGACUCGGAUCUGGCAACGCCAGAAGUCAUGUCAUGGCUGGAGGAGGUUGAGUCCCAGCCUGUACAAGUCAAGCGCUGCACACCAGAGGAGAUAGCCAAGAAACGAGCAGAGGCGCUUCAGCGACGUCGGCUCAGGGAACAAGAGUCGAACAAGUGGAAAGGUCGCCUGCGCAUGUCCAAGUGAAUGUGCAUCUGUGGUGCGUGUAAAUAGAUGACCAAAGUUUUAAGAAUCUAUGGACAUGCAGAUACUCCACUCAAAGCUCAGUGCCUAGAAUUGUUUUGGUGGUGACCGUGUAAGACCAUCGAGAACAAUUAACCGAUCCCUUCCGACUUUAGGGCCUACCUUGGAGUGUGUCCUUGUGGCGAACACAAGGGAAAUGGGUGGCUAGGUCACGUGUGUGUUACCGUGCGAGUGACUGACAGUGCAAAGAGCGCAGACGACUUGCACCAUUUACUGUGUGAGUUGCAGUGUACAGUACUGCAUUAUUGAUGACUACAUUCAAGCUUUUGCAAGGCUGCCUGGAGGUCAUGAUCUUCAGCCUACCUCUCUGCGACUCACAUAGAAGGGCUGUGUGUAUUGUCCGCCAAGUAGUUAUGAACUGUUGCAUUCAGAGCAGUGUAGCUGAUGAGCCCAACGUUCAUGAAUACCACCCGGCACAUGUAAACACGCAUUGUUAAAUGCUUUUGAGGAGUUCUCGUGCAGUGUGUGUUGACAAGGACUGGGACUGCCACCUCUAAACAGUGAGUGCUGCUGAUGAGGUCGCGAGUGAAACUUUUUGUAUUGUGUUCUCUGGAACAUCCUGAAAUGUGUUCUUUUGUGACCUGUUUGGUGCCUUGUAAAAAGGUUGUAUACUGGAUUGACUUUAUUGUGUUUCUUUUUUAUUGUCAGGUAAAGCACUCCUGUGCCAGUAAGCUCAUGGAACUUUGCUCCUACUGGGUUGAAAAGUGUGUUAUGCUGUUGCUUGAUUGCACAAGAAAGGCACAAUCAUUGCCUGCAUUCUGCACACCUAUGAACUUGAUGCAGCUCAGCUUGUUUGUGCUAGGUCAUGCACUUGAACAGAAUGUAAUGUGCUGGCAGUGUCUGCAAUAGGGAACAGGGCAUUCACUGCUGUGGCUAACGGCUUUGUGCCAUGAGCCAUAGACUGAAAAUGCCUUUGAGAGACCAUCACUGCAGAACGUGCCUUGCAUCAGGGUUUCCACUGGGCAAACAGUCGCACUUUAUAUUGCCAGAAAGUGCUCUCAUGAGCCCCUGGCAAAAUUAUUUCAAAAGUCCUGCUGUUUUAUAUACUAGGAAGUGCCAUGAUUCACUGACCCUGCCCAAUAGUGUCUGUAACCCUGCUUUGUUACAGACACUGUUGACCAAAUUUCUGGUGACAUCCUAGUCUUACAAGUGCAUAAAGCAGGAGUCACUUUGUGCGAUUCUGCAUGCACUCUCAUGCACUCCGGUCACAUUAGCAGCUGUGCCCAGCAAGCUUCAGUAGGCCCAAACAGUUACAACAGUCAUCUCUCCAACGCUCCACAUAUUACAUCAGAUGUAGUGUUGUACCAUGUGUCUCCUGCUUCUGCAGCAGGUGAAAUGGAGUCUGUUGCAUUUAUUAUAGAAGUGUCAUACUACCUUGAGCAGUCGGACUUACAUUAGUUGAAGAGCUCUGUUUUAGGUGCAUGAACUGAUGGAAGGGGCCUGUAAGCAACCAAAUUAAUUUUUGUACUGUGCACUGACUUCUGUCUCGUGCUUUCAUAUGUUUUGUUUCUUCCUUUUCUUGUUUACAAUAAUUAUGCAUUUUACGACAUUUGUCACUUGUUUUGGAAGACUUUAUGUAACAUGUACAGUGCUCAGCGAUUCAAACAUGAUGAUUGACCUGCAUGGCAUCCAGUGCUUUUUGCGCCAUUGGUGGGUGCUGGAGACACUGAGUGGAUCUGUUCUGGUAUAUGAUGAAAGCAAGGGCAUUUGUGAUGCAUUAUGAUUUCAUUUGGCCCCAAUCCACCACGCUGUGCUCAUCGCUCAUGUAGGUGGAUUAUCGCGUUUGAAUUGCUGAGCACUGUACAGUUCAUGUAGGUGAAGAGAAUAGGUGAAUCUAUGCUGACCAAAAUCUUGCAACUCAAUAUUUUUUGUACUAUAAGCUUGCUUAAAGUGUGCAACAGAGCUCCUUGUAGUUGUGUUGGUGCUCUCCGCUUGCUGUGGUCAUAAGUCGGUUAAAUAAUAAACCAAUGCAAAGUCAA